AUUUAAUAAGCAUUUAUUAAGAGUACAUCAAUAACUUAUUUGACAAAGAGUUAUUUGAGUUCCUAUUGUUAAGAGUGUGUGAAACAAAACUUUCCUAUUAUAAUGAAUACGUGUAUAUUGUUUGCAUUGUUGGCCGUAUGCCUGGCCAUUGGCCGGACAGCACCGGUAGAUCAGGCUCCAGGGGCUCAGGAUCAGGGAAACUCUACUGUACCUGUUAACUCUACAGGCAGCACGUUAAAACCUGAUAACACUACUACUACUACUCCACGCCAGCUAAACAAUUCAUCAGAUACAGGAAACGGUAACAAAACUGCCACAACCACCGCUGGUAACUCUACAAAUAACACUGGUAACUCUACUACUGAGCCACCGCGACCUACCAGUGGCGACAAUAGUACGUCUACUACUGCGAACUCCGGGUCAUUGAUGCCGAGCAGUUUGGCGCCUAUAGUGGCCAACAACGAGACCUCGAGUACAACCGAGACCUCGAGCACUACCGAGUGCGGGGGUUAUACGGCUAGUACUGAGGGUAUGGUGCAAACGGUUACCACGUUUAGCGUACAGAUCAAUGAUAACAAUCAAGAGACCGCCACAACCAUCUAUAAUAAUAAUUUUAUAUAUGGUUAA